AUGGUGGACAGCUGCAGGCAAGGCAGCCUGACAGCUGGAACUUCCCAGAAGGGCAAGUCCUGCCCUGUUGAGGAGACUAUCAGGAGGGCGACAGCGGAGUGCCUGUGCCUGUGCCCUGGGCACCCAUCGCCACACAGCGCCGCCCCACCAGCCGCCAUCUUCCCCCCUGCCCUCAGGCCACCAUCUUGCCCCGGGGCGCGCCAGGCGGAGCGCGGGCGGGGGGCGCCACCUGGCGGCGCGCGCGGGACAGCGCGCGCGAGGAGGCGCGCGGGCGGCGGCGGGAGCGCCCUGAGGGGAGGGAGCGGGAAGCGAAACUUCGUCGGUUCUGUGCUGCGCUACUGCUCUGCGCUCCAUUUGCAGCGGUUUGUGCAUCAAGAGAGGACUUUUCUUGCACCAGAGCGUGCUCUGUGGGUGCAUCAAGAGGAGGCUUUCCUUAAACCAGAGCGUGCUCUGUGGGUGGUAUUAGUGGAGGGGUGGCAUGAUUUAGAUAACAAAGACUAUGACUGUUGGCCCCUGGAAAAGCCAGAUGAGUAUAACAUGCUGGACUGUGGAGGGCUGGAGAUGACAUGGGUGCAAAGGCCUCCAGAAAAGGCUGUGAGUGGGGAAUCCUUCAACGUGACCUAUGCCGUCUUUGCUUCAGACAGUUUUUAUCAAUAUGCUGUGCAAAAUGGAAUACUUUCCCACAGCAAUGCUACUGCUGCAAAGGAAUUCUGUGAAGAGCAUGACUGUCCUGCCAGAUGGAAAGAUGCAAAUGGGGACAACUGCUGUGUCUACCAUGCCAAUAUACAUUCCUGUCCUUUGGCCUUCAUGGCUAAAGGAGGAAUAUGUGGUCCAUGGAUCCCAGAUGAUGGUCAGAUAUUUACUCACACUUUGUCUACUGCUGGCAAAAUGAGCCAAAGGAACUGGACUGCCAAGGUUGUUUUAGUUCAUGUGGGUGUGACAUCUCUCAUCGCACACAUCAGAGUUGGGAGAAUCCAAGCUGCUCUGGAAGCAAAAACCACAGUCCUUCCUGCAGUAGUCUGUGGAGAUGGCUUUUGUGAGGAAGAAGAAGGCUGCUCUAUCUGUCCAGCAGACUGUGGGGAAUGCCCUCCUUCUGUUGAUGUUAGGAUAGCAAUUGCCUUACCAAUAUGUUUAGUCUGCGCUGGCUUCACUUUGACAGUCGUGUGGUUUCAAUAUCAGAAACAAAAGAUGCUUUGGGAUGAAAGCUGGAUUAUAGACUUCACCUGCAUCAAACAAGACCGCUUCAAAUGUCAAUGCAAUUUUGAACUGCAUAUGGAUAAUACUGUGGUGUGGGAACAUGGCAGUCCUGAUUCAAGUGAUGGUAGAACAGUGGCCAUAAAAAAAAUAAUGAAGAAGACAUUCACACUGUCUAAAACCAUACGUAAAGAAGUAAAGCAAGUAAGGGAACUUGACCAUCCCAAUCUCUGCAAAUUCAUUGGAGGAUGUAUAGAAGUUCCAAAUGUUGCCAUUGUCACAGAGUACUGCCCCAAAGGCAGCCUGAAUGAUGUGCUCCUCAAUGAAGAUAUUCCUUUGAACUGGGGUUUCAGGUUUUCUUUUGCUACUGAUAUUGCUCAAGGAAUGGCCUAUCUCCACCACCACAAAAUGUGUCAUGGACGGUUGAAGUCUAAUAACUGUGUGAUAGAUGACCGGUGGGUUUGUAAAAUUGCAGAUUAUGGCUUGCAGUCAUACAGAAAAGAAGAUUUUCCUGAUGGAUCAAAUUCAGCCCAGCAGCAUUUGAUACAGAUUUACACAGCUCCAGAAAUACAUGCUCCUUCAGAUUUUGAACCCAAUUCUAUGUCUGAUGUCUACAGUUACGCUAUCAUUUUACUAGAAAUUGCCACAAGAAGUGACCCUCUAAAAGAUGAUGUGCAUUCAGCUGAAUAUUCUUGGUGCCCACCUUUGGCAGAAUUAAUUUCAGGAAAGGCUGAGAAUUCUUGCCCAUGUCCCGCAGAUUAUGUAGAGUUAAUUGAAAGGUGCAGAAAAAAUAAUCCAUCCCAAAGGCCUACGUUUGAACAAGUCAAGAAAAUGUUGUACAAGAUGAAUCCUGUUAGCCCUGUUGACAUGAUGAUGACUCUGAUGGAGAAAUAUAACAAACAUCUGGAGAUACUGGUUGCUGAGAGAACCCAGGAUUUAAUGCAUGAAAAACAGAAGACUGAUUGUCUGUUGUAUAGUAUGUUGCCAAAACAAGUAGCAGAUGAUCUCAGGCAGGGAAAACAGGCACAAGCUCAAAGUUACUCAAGUGCCACCAUCUUCUUCAGUGACAUUGUUGGCUUCACUGAGCUGUCCAGCAGCAGCACACCAUACCAAGUGGUAGAUCUCUUGAACAAGCUUUAUACCACUUUUGAUGAAAUCAUAGAUAACUAUGAUGUCUAUAAGGUGGAGACAAUAGGAGAUGCCUAUAUGGUGGUGUCAGGAGUACCCAAGGAGAACGGGAUUCUUCAUGCUGGUGAGAUCGCAAGCAUGGCUUUAGACCUUCUGGAUGUCUGCAGGACUUUUAAGAUCCCACACAAGCCUAACACCCUUCUAAAGAUAAGAGCAGGAAUACAUUCAGGGGCAGUUGUAGCUGGAGUUGUUGGAACCAAAAUGCCACGGUACUGUUUAUUUGGAGAUACUGUGAACACAGCUUCCAGGAUGGAAUCUACCAGUGAAGCUCUUAAAAUACAGUGUAGUUCAAGUGCAUACCAGCUGUUGGAGCAGAUUGGAGAGUAUGUGUUAGUAUGCCGUGGGAAUUUACAAGUCAAGGGGAAAGGAGACAUGGUCACAUACUGGCUUGAAGGUAAGAAAGCUUCUGUCACCCAGAAGACAGUCACCAGCACUUCUGUGACUCCUCAAGAUGCCAACAGAGUUUCAUAUAGUCUGAUACCAGGUGUCCUUCCUAGUGAUCCUCUCUGA